CAUCGCAAUGAGCAGCCUGCCCCCUCCCCGCCUCCUCCCUCCUGCUAUCUACAGCAUGGACAGCAGUGUGUUGGACAGAGAGGACGUUCAGCGACUUCAAUCACUAAUGCCAACAGAGGAGGAACUGUGUCUGAUCAAGGAGGCCAAGGCCCAGAACCCUCACUCCACUCUGGCCCCAGCCGAGCUCUGCCUGCUCACCUUGGGGGAGAUCCCACAUCUGAACACGAGGCUCCAACUGUGGGCCUUCGCUCUGGACUACGACUCCUUAGAGAGGGAAAUUGCUGAGCCUCUCUUCCAUCUGAAGUUGGCCAUGGAACAGCUCGCAGCCAGCCAGACCUUUAGAUGUAUUCUAGCAACGGUGUUAGCGAUUGGUAACUUUCUCAACGGAUGUAAGGCCCGUGGUUUCGAGCUGAGUUACCUGGGGAAGCUGUCCUACGUGAGGGAUACACACACUCGCCAGCCCUUGCUGCACCACGUCUGUGUGCUGCUGCUGCAGCUCUACCCACAAUCGUCUGACCUCUACUCUGACAUCACUGCUGUAACUAAAGCUGGCAAGUUCGACUACUCCCUAGUCCAGUCCAACCUCACUCAGCUGGAGGCCCUGUGCAAAGCAUCAUGGGAGCAGCUAAAGAUUUUGGACAAGGCAGAGGACAAGAAGAAAGGAGGAAAGUUGGAGAAGAGGAGAGGAGGAGGAGGAAAUGAGGCCUUGGCCCCGGAGGGCUCGCUUCGUCACCGGCUGCCACAGAUUUUAAAAGAGUGCGAGGAGAAGCUGAAGGUCCUGAGAGCCGUCAAUCGUCGGGUUAUCAACAGGUUCCACUCUUUCCUCUUAUUCCUAGGCUACUCCCGAGCCAUGGUGAGAGACACCAAAGCGGAGGACUUCUGUAAAACCAUCAGUAACUUUUCUCUGGAGUACAGGACCACGCGGCAGGUCAUUCUCAUGCAGAGAGAGAGGGAAAAGCAGAGAAGUGGAACAGAAAGCCCCGGCCCUAACACUCCUGCUGCCAGGAGGAAACGCCAGCAAACCCCAACACAGGAAAAUGAGGAGCAGUGUAGGCUGGAGGAAGUGCUGUCAACACCUGACUCAACCUCGAGACUGGACGUCACUCUGCCUCGAAACCGCAGGAGGAUGACUGACAUCAAAGGUCCAUUCUCACGGAAAAUGAAGUGGUGACUCUGCUGAUAUUCUCUUUUUAAAAGCCAUUCAGUCACUGGUGUGUUAGGAGAAAAAUGUUUCUGAUCGUUAUUUGUGACGUUUUUGUUAAAAGUCACAUUUUUGCAGCACAGUGUUGUUUAGCAGUAGGAAA